AAGUUGUUUAAAUUAAUAUAUGUAGAAAUAUUUGAAUUAUUUGAAUGAUUCUUAACAAAAAAUGAAACAGAUAUUCUUACAUUUUCUCUGAGAUUGUAUCUAAAUAAAAUCUUUUCAUAUCUUUUUAUUUACAAUAUAAAUAUAUAUUUCAUUUUUAAUUAAAAUAAAAAAUUAGAUAUUUAAUUAUUUUUGUAUUUAUUUCAAAUAAAAAUGAAUAUUUCAUUUUUCACUUAAACAAAACUUUUAAAUAUUUAACUAAUUUCGUGUUCAUUUAAAAAAAUGUAUAUUUCAUUUUAAAAUGUUAUUUUAACCAAUUAAUAAUAUGGUAAAUAUUCAAUUAAUCAUAGAAGAUAAAUAUUUAUGUGUGUAAAAGUUAGGAUAGAUUUCCAACAAUAAUUUAAAAAGGUAAAUAUGAAAAUGUUAUCAAAUUUGUGGUAAAAUUAGAGUUUCCUCUAUUAAGUACGUAUUAAUGUUGCCAAAAACAUAUUAUAUGCAAAAAUCUUUAUACGUUUCGAGAUGGAAAAUAAAUUUUAGAUACUAUACUUUUUCUCUUUCUCUAUUUACUUACUUUGUACGAAAAAUGCUUCACUAAAAUAGUGAUAUAAUACUGUCACACUGAUAAUCCUUGAACGUAAAAUUUAUCCAGGUCAAUAAUGAAAAAGACACAAAAAGAAAAAAAUAUAUAUAUAGAGAAAAGAGAACCGGCAGAAAGGAGACAAAAAUAGAAAAUAUUAAAAUAUAAAAAUAAUUACUGUUCUUUCAUCAUCUCGGGCUAUAACAUUUUCCUAUAUCCACUAAAAUAUAUUUCAGUAUAACUUACAAAAAAAGAAACAAAAUAGAAAAUAGGAUGGCACACAUUCAAAGUAACAUAUAAUGCAUGUCUCAACCUCUUCAGGAAAAUUAACGAAAAUUUAGAAAACAGUUUCCAAGGAAAACGUAUUUUAAAAUUAAAUUUGGAGGCACUUUAUUACUGAAAAAUCAAGAAUUGAAGUGGAAAAAAUCAAAAAUUUAAUGAAAAUUAUGACGUCGACAAUAAAUAAAUAUUGUUUGUCUGUGUAUAUAUAAACGUCUGUGUUAAUUUGUGUUUCUGAGUGUGAGUAAACUUGUUUCUUUAACAUCAAACUUGAGAUUCAUAUCAUCUAGUGAGUCUUUCUAGCUUCGAUAGUGACUCUAUUGUGUUAAAAGAUGAAUCAGCGACCACGAAAUGAUUACAUGAGAGUGAACAGGACUGGCAAGUACACUCGAAAGAGUAUUUUCGAUCAAGUACACACUAACGCUAACUCCAUACCUCAUCAGCCACGGCAACCGCAACUGAAAACGCAAGUGUACAUCAUUGACAAGGAAGACUUCAAAAGCAUUGUUCAGCAACUAACGAGUAAUCAAUCAUGUGAGUUUUUACCUCAAAACCUUCCAAAUCGUCAGAAGAGUAGACCAGAGCCGACCUCACCAGUUCCUUUCAAUGCCACAGGGGUUCAUGUCUCAUCGCAUAUGGGGUAUAUUGAAAGCUUACUUGAAGAAUCAUCGGACUCUAGUGGUGACAACUUCCAACAAUCAUUUGAUGAGAAUCAAUCUCAUAUACAACCUCAGCUAUAUUCAAAUGGUGACAAUUUCCAACAAACAUUUGAUGAGUAUCAAUCUCAUAUGCAACCUAUGUCAUAUUCCAAUGGUCUUAAACCGGUCAUGACCACUACUUUACCCACUCCUUGGUUCAAUGGUUUGCCUCAACAAAUAGACAGUGCUUACUCAUUGCAAUCAACAAGAGUUGAGUAUCCUCAACCAUUGACUCCAAACUUCACAUUUUCGUCUGUGACUCAGCCUGGAUUUUUCGAUCCGGACCUAGGACGAUUUUAGCUCCUAAGUUCCAUGUUUUUGAUUGCUAUCACCACUCGGCUUUCCCUCCAUCUUCAGAUUUUCCAGAACAGAAUAUUCCCAUUAGACAAGAAAUAAGCUAGUUUGAAUAAGAGAGGUUUGGCUAGAGUGAUUUUGCUAAGCUUUAGUUCGUAUGAUUAUGAUUAUCAUAUUACUGUCUUGUAUGAAGUUCUGUUUGGCUUAUCAGUGAAAUCAAUCAACUCUUUUUGUCUCUUCUAAGCGAUUUUGUAGACAAACUGUAACGACCAUGACCUGGCUUCUCUUUAAACCGGUAUUGGUUUAAUUCAAAUUAUAAUUAAUUAUCUAAAAAACCAAACCAAUCUAUAUCUAUCUUAUUAAAACUCAAGUACAAAUUGAGUUUGUUUGGAAACAUUGAUAUGAGUGUUUAAAAAAAGUUUUGUUUAGAAACAUCAACGUAGUUUAAAAAAAAAUUAGUUUGAAAACAUGGAUUGCAUCAAUUGGGGUUUCUACCUGUUAUUCUUUAGCCCAUCAAUAACCGUUUACUCUAUAGCCCGUCACCUACA